CGUGACCCAGAGGGAUCGGCACGGGACUUGCGUUGGAUACGACUGUACCGUACACCCUGGCCAACGGUCAAUCUUCCGCUUGGAUGGAACGUCACUCAACCACUUUGUUUGUUGUAACUUUGAUUGCUUUCUUCUCGUUCUUCCAACCAAUGGCACACCCUCUAUGCUCUGUGUUGAAGCAAGGAUCUACCAAAGCAAACCGAUACGGAAGCCAACUAACUCUUGAUUCGAUUCGAUUCGACCAACUAAGAUUUGCUAACGCGACAAUCCAUUUUUGCUACCCCUCGGACAUUCCCAUUGCAGUGACAAAAAAUAAUAAUGUGGAAAGGCAAAGCCAAGACGAUUCUUCAGAGAGCCAUUCGCACGGGCACAUUUCCGGGCCAAACCAGAUCGCAAUGGUGGCCUGUCGGUGCCGCCGUGUCCCUGCUGGUGCUGGCAGAGUUGGAUCGUCAGUCCAAAAAUAAUGCAAGGUCGAAUAAUGAACAUGAGAAUGCAAAUAAGAAUAUGACUCUGCCCCUUGAAAACUCCAGAUGGUUUCCGUCCAUGACAUCUUCUUGCGAGGCCCUACAACAACAACAACAACAGCCACACGUAUUGCCACAACGAAAAAGUGCCGAUCUACGACGAUUUCGAACACUCCGACGAAUGGAUGAAAACUCGACCAAAGAUUCCAUGGACAGUCGCUACGACGUCGAUUGGGAUUCUCCCUUGGGGGAAGGAUCCUUUGGAGCCGUAUACGUUGCCACGGAUCGACGGACCGGAGAAAAGGUGGCCGUCAAGAAAAUUUCCAAAAUGUACACCAACGAGGACGAAUUCUACCGAGAAAUGGCGGCACUGUUACACAUUAGCAAGGCCGGUGGACACCCGGGAAUUUGUUCCCUGCGAGAACAUUUCAAUGAAAAAGGGCAUUAUAUUCUGAUACUGGAUCUCGUGUCGGGAGGAGAAAUGUUUGAUCAUCUAGUGGAACAGGGUGCCUAUUCAGAAGCCGAUGCGGCCCGUCUGAUACGAGAAGUAGCAUCGUCCCUAUACUUUAUCCAUGGACUCAAUCUCACCCAUGGCGAUUUAAAACCUGAAAAUCUGAUGCUCAGUUCCAAGAAUCCCAGUGAUGCCGUCAUUAAACUGGUAGACUUUGGAUGCGCUCAUAUCCACGAGCAAGAUUCCAAUAAACAAGGAGUGGGCUCGGGUGAACAAGGUGGCAUUGCGGGUAAAACAUUGGCGUACUGCCCACCAGAAGCACUCCGGGAGGGACCCUACGGACGAUACGUCAUGCGUCCAUCCAUGGACUUGUGGAGCCUAGGGAUCAUUCUAUACAUUAUGCUCACGGGAAUGCAUCCCUUUGAUAUCAGAGGACAAGCCACGGAUGAAGAAGUCGCAAAAGCCAUUGUCAGUGGAGUACCACCACCGCUGCGAGAUUCACCGAUCACAGCACACUUGUCCGCAUCGGCGGUUGACCUCAUUGAACGACUCAUGGAUCCAAACCCAAAAACAAGAAUGGACGCCUUGUCGCUGCUGCAACAUCCAUGGGUCAAGGGAGAAACGGCAUUGACGGACAAGAUGAGAUUGGCCGGCAAAAAAUUGUCCAUUUAUCAUGGAUAUAAAAGUGGCAUUCAAAGAACAGUCUUUGAAAAUCUUGUCACGGGGUCGGACAAUCUGGAUGAUUCUUCCAGUCGAAAAUCACUGGUGGAAAAAUCAUUUCGAUGGUUCGACUCGGAAGAGAAGGGGCAUAUCGACCUCUACGAUCUCCAAUCGGUCCAUAACGGUGUCUCGCUCAAGGGGUUCAGUGAAACGGAUGCGGCUCCCCUGUCAUUGUCGGCAUUCUCUGAAUUACUGUCAGAUCACAUGCAAAAUCGAUACUUCCCCAAGGGACACGUAGUCUAUCGGGAGGGGGACGUUGGAAACAAAAUGUACUUUAUCAGCUCCGGAAACAUCACAGUUUCCACCAAGACAGGGUUUACCGUCCAGCGAGGUUCCGGCGACUUUUUCGGAGAAGGAGCUCUGCUCAGUCCCAAAAAGAUCAGAUCCGCGACAAUCCACUGCAAUACGCCCGUCCAUGCCAUGGAAGUGUCUCGAGAAUACUUUGACAAGUACCUUGCCAAGUCUGAUUCGGCGCUGUACUUGUUCCUACGAGAAAAGGACAUUAUUCGCAAAAAGAAUCGAGCCAAAAUGAUUCUGCGACUGCAAAAGACACUGAACGAACGCGAGUUUCAGUUCGGAGAGACCCUCUUUGAAUUUGGCGACACGACAGACUCCAUGUUUCUGAUGGAGAAAGGUGAAUUUGACAUUUUGGUGGGAGACCAGAAGGUCUUUUCGGCACAACCUGGCAACCUCUGUGGCGAAAACUCCGUUUUGACCCGUCGGCCGCGUAGUGCCACUGCAAUAUGCGCCACUGAAAGUGGUUGUACGGUUUACGAGAUGCAAGGGCGCGACUUUCGAAAGCUAAUGCGCAGAGCUCCAGACAUCAAGGCGUCCUUGCACAAUCUUUGUAUGCGCCGUGAUUUCAAAAAGGCCGUGGUGAUGCGAUUGAACAAGGAGUUUCCUUACCAAAACCCACGGGAAGCCUUUGACGCGGUCAAAACGGACACCUCGCGGCCUCAUCAUCUCAGCAAAGAAGAAGUGGCCAACUUGAUGAGAGAAUUUUAUUCCAGCUACUCGGACAAGGAAGUCUCAGAGUUGAUCCGGACAAUGGAUUUGACUGGUUCUGGGACUGUGUCUUUUGACGAAUUCAAGAAAGUUUUCAUUGCCAGCAAAAAGGGCUCUGAAGCCAAGUAG